GACAUCACUACCUUAUUAACAAUACUUCACUAAACGAAACAAAACUACAAAACCAAGACCUUUUCAAAAUGUUCAAAUUUGUUGUUGUCUUUGCUGCCUGCUUCGCCUAUGCUACUGCUGGUGUUGUCCACCCUACUGCUUUAGCUGCUGCUCCCGCUGCUGUUGCUGCCUAUGCUAAUGCUCCUUUGUAUGCUGCUGGUGGCAGUCAACAAAUUGAUGUUCGUCACAACUACGAUGGCACUUUGUCUUCUUACACCACCACCCCCUUCGCUUACACUUCUCCCGUGUCUAGCCGUUAUGUAGCUGGUGCUCCCGCUGCCUAUGCCGCCCCUGCUUUUACUGCUCCAGCUGCCUUUGCUGCCCCUGCUAAAUAUGUAGCUCCCGCUGCUUAUGCUGCUGCCCCAGCUGCUUUCGCUGCUCCUGCAAAGUAUGUUGCCCCCGCUGGUGUUGCUACUCCUUUCGCUGUAGCUUCUCCUUAUGCUGCUCCCUAUGCUGCUCAAUAUGCUGCUCAAUAUGCUGCUCCUUAUGCCGCUCACUAUGCUGCUGGUUUUGCUACACCUUUCGCCGCUGCUCCCGCUAAAGUGGUUGUUUAAGUACGAUUUCUCGAAAAUUUGUUAAUUUUUUGUUAUUCAGUUUUAAUGUUAAAUAAAUGAAAUAUUUAUUGUUGA